AUGGCUAACAAAAUCAGGGUCACCGCUGACCUCGGCGAGGUCGAAAAUCCCCCCAUCUAUGAUGGCCAAGGCACCGAGGAGGAUCCCUUUGUGGUUGAAUUCAUCAAAGAUGACCCAGGGAACCCGAUGAACUGGGGCUCCUCUCGCAAAUGGCUCAUCACAGCUAUUGCGACAGUCUCGGUUUUUGCAAUCACGCUAACCUCCUCCGCAUACUCCGUUUCCGCCAACGAGAUCUUUCAAGACUUUCACGACAUUAGCUCUGAGGUUUUUACUCUUGGUCUGUCCCUCUUUGUGCUGGGGUUUGCCAUUGGUCCUGCCCUCUGGGGUCCUCUCUCCGAACUAUACGGGCGACAAAAGCUGUGGGUAAUCACUCACAUUGCCAUGGUUGCCUUCCUAGGAGGAUCCGCUGGAAGCAAGAAUGUCGCCACUCUCCUAAUACUACGAUUCUUCGCCGGCACAUUCGGUGCAUCCCCCCUCGUGAAUUCUGGUGGCACGAUUGCCGAUCUCUUUCCUCCAGCUCAGCGUGGCCUUGCUUUAACGGUCUACGCUGUUGCUCCAUUCCUUGGUCCUCUCCUCGGCCCGGUGAUGGGUGGCUUCAUAUCUGAGAAUAUUGGUUGGAGGUGGGUUCAGGGCGUCUGUACCAUAUUUAUCGGGGUGGUCGGUGUUCUGGGUGUCAUUCUCAUACCAGAGACAUACGGCCCAGUUCUGCUACAGAAAAGGGCUAGACAAUUAUCCAAGGCGAACGGCAGAAGUCAGAUUUACAUUAGUGUUCUGGAGAAAAGUCAGGGCACGAAGAAGCCUUCGGAAGUCUUCAAGCGAGCCCUAUUCCGACCUUGGAUUCUCCUUUUCCAGGAGCCAAUUGUUAUGAUCGCUUCCAUUUACAUGGCCAUCAUCUACGGUACGGUCUAUAUGUUCAUGGGCGCUAUGCCAAUCGUGUAUAGUGAAGAUCGUGGCUGGAGCGAAGGCAUUGGCGGCCUCUCAUUUCUUGGUAUUGCCGUGGGCAUCAUUUGCGGACUGGUUUAUGCGAUAUGGGACAACAACACCCGGUAUAUGAAGCUGGUCGUAUCAAAGUCCACGGCACCUGAAUCUCGCUUACCACCUGCCAUUAUCGGUGCAGUUGCUUUGCCAAUUGGGAUGUUCGGCUUUGCAUGGACCAACUAUCCCAGCAUUCACUGGUCUGUCAGUAUUAUUCUAUCCGCCCCCUUCGGAUUUGGCUGCGUCUCCGUUUUGCUGCCAAUCGUGAACUACUUGAUUGACUCCUACACAAUCUACGCUGCCUCUGUUUUGGCAGCGGCCGCUAUCUUCCGCUGUGUCGUUGGUGCAGUGUUUCCUCUCUUUACGACACAAAUGUACGAUAAUCUGGGUAUUCAUUGGGCCUCUAGUAUUCCCGCAUUUAUGACGCUGGUGUGCUUACCCUUUCCAUUGGUCAUGUACCGUUAUGGCAUGCAAGUGCGCAUGAGAUGCAAAUAUUCGUUCGAGGCGGCGGAAACGAUGAAGAAAAUGCAGAUGCAGCAGGCUCAGGCCACUCAAGCGAAGGUGGAGGAGAGGAACAGUGCGUCGGAAUGA